AUGAAUCUUGACAUUUCAUCGCACCGCGUCCAACUAGCCCUGGCAGCGUUGGGUGCGUCAGUUGCCACUGCCGGGCUCUUGACCGCCUACCAGCAACACAGCAGACACCAGAAGCGGCGCGACCUCGAGCAAGAAAUCAAGCGGUCGCUCAAGAACCAGGGCGCAGCAUCUCGUGUGCCCAAGACACCCGCUGCGCAGGAUGCUGUCGCGGACAUUACGCUCGCGGCUAGGCAAAGCGAGGAAUACGAGUACGACGACGAGCUCAUACGGGAGCAGCUUGCGCGGAACUAUGCCUUCUUCGGUGAGGAGGGGAUGGCACAAAUACGCAAGGGGAGCGUCGUCGUGGUCGGGUGUGGGGGUGUAGGGAGCUGGGCAGCCAUCAUGCUCGUAAGAUCAGGCAUCUCUAAAAUACGUCUGGUCGACUUCGACCAGGUGACGCUGUCGUCGCUGAACCGGCACGCGACCGCCGUGCUGGCGGACGUGGGCACGCCGAAGGUGCGCUCCAUCGAGCGGACCAUCAAGCAGAUGGCACGGUGGGUGCAGGUCGACGCGCGGAUAGACAUCUGGCGCAAGGAGCAGGGCGGCGACCUCCUCGAAGGCGCGGACUGGGUCAUAGACGCCAUUGACAACAUAACGACGAAGGUCGACCUCCUGAAGUACUGCCAUGACCACGGAAUCAAGGUCUUCUCCUCCAUGGGCGCCGGUGCGAAAUGCGACCCGACGCGCAUCCAGAUUGCCGACAUUUCGGACACGAUGUACGACCCGCUCGCGCGUUCCGUCCGGCGGCGGCUGCGCCUGCAGGGCGUGUCCUCCGGGAUCCCCGUCGUGUACUCGACGGAGGUCCCAGGCGAUGUCAAGCUGCUCCCGCUGCCUGAUCAGGAGUUCCAGAAGGGUAACGUGAAGGAGCUCGGCGUGUUCGACGAUUUCCGCGUGCGGAUCCUCCCCGUUCUCGGCCCCUUACCGUCGAUAUUCGGCCUGAACGCAGCGACGUGGAUCCUCUGCGAGCUCGCAGGGAGACCGAUCACGAACCCACUCUCAGUCAAGGGCCGGAAGAAGCUCAACGAGCGGCUAUACCGCGACCUCCUCCACCGCGAGCAGAAGAUCACCGGGCAGACGAUUAAUAAACUGCCUUUUGACGAGGAUGCUUGCGGCCUGCUCUUCGACGACAUCCACCGCGGACGCUCCGUCGUCCCCCCGCGUGCCGUCCCCUCGCGCCCUGCGCUUGUCCGGUGGGACGCAACCCAGCCGCUCGCCCUUGGAAACUGCGUCGCGAUGGAGGAGAAGGACGCGGACAGGCAUGUGAAGGAGUGUUUUGAGGGAGGGCGGAGGCCCGAAGACGUGUGGGGAGAGGAGUGUGCGCGCGUGGUGGAGAGGCGGAAGGAGGAGGUAAGAAAAGUGGAGGCAUGGGUAUCAUAG